CGCGUUAACGCCAAAGUUCGGCGCAUAAGUUGGACUACUAGUCCAGACUAUACGGACGCAAAAUGCGUCGCGCUGUUUUUGCGUCAACGCCCCGCUGGCCAGACUAUACAAGCGCAGAAACCGCCACGUUGCUUCCCAGAUCACUUUAUUCCAAGUUGCCAAUAUGGAUGCAGUGCAGAUCGGUGCUGUAGGGUUUCAGUGUCUACUAGAGAUGUAUUUGGAAAAGACCAAAAGGCAGGAUAGACGUUGGGGUACCCAUCCCGUUCUAAGCAGCAGAUUGACAACAGGUGCGUUUCAUUUGAUGUUUGAGAAGCACAGACAAUAUGAAGACAAAUUUUACCAAUAUUACAGGAUGUCUGUUAGCUCAUUUGAUGAACUUUUACAUCUUGUCAGUGACGGUCUGAUGAAGAAAGAUACCAACAUGAAAAGGAGUAUUGAGCCAGCUGAAAGACUUGCUAUAACCAUCAGGUAUUUGGGCUGUGGAAUGAACUUCAGUGACCUUGAAUUCGAAUAUCAAGUAUCAAGAAAAACAAUACGUCUCGUUGUUGAGGAGACCUGUGAAACAAUUUCGGGAAAACUGCAGUCAACUGAAAUGCCAAUCCCUACAAGUGAUGAAUGGCUUUUGAAGGCAACGGAAUAUGAGAAGUUAACCAACUUCCCAAAUUGUGUUGGUGCCAUUGACGGCAAACACGUGCGGAUACAAUGUCCACCAAGUUCAGGUUCACUAUACUACAACUUCAGGAAGUAUUUUUCACUUGUAUUGUUUGCAGUCAGCGACGCACAGUGCAACUUCACUGCAAUAGAUGUUGGUGCAUAUGGCCGGGAGGGCGAUUCCACAAUCUUCAAAAACUCAAACUUUUACAAAAGACUGAAUGCCGGCCAACUGAACCUCCCAACAGAGAAACCGCUUUCACCAGAAGGCCCCACAGUACCUUUCGUAUUUCUUGGCGAUGAAGCUUUUGGUUUAACUACACGUGUGAUGCGCCCUUACCCACAGAAGAAACUCACAAAAGAGAGAAGUGUAUAUAACUAUAGGCACUGCAGAGCCAGACGUACAGUUGAAUGCGCAUUUGGAAUUAUGAGCAACAAAUGGCGAGUAAUGCAUUCCUGUAUCCUGGUGAACCCGAUCUUUGCAACGAAAAUCAUUCAGUCUUGCUGUGUAUUGCAUAAUUAUGUAAAAAGGCGGGAUGGUUACAUUUUUGAAGAAUCGCUUACAUGUGACAUGGAUUGCUUGGUCGGAGUAGCAGUAGGAAGUGGUCGUAGUAACGGACUUGUAGUAAGGGACUUGUUCUGUGAGUAUUUCAAUGGACCAGGAGCCUUAAACUGGCAAAAUCAAUAUGCCUAAGCACAAUCACUUGAAAAAGUAGGACUUAGUAAAAAGAAGAAAAAGUAAACUUAGAAAAAGUAUAACAAUAUUAUUUCCUAUGUAAUAAAAUUUAAAAUAAAAAGUUUUGUAAUUGACUACUUUGAAUACAUCCUGUUAUGUUAUUGUAGCUCCUCUCAAAUUAGACCUUUGUAUCAUAAUCUAGUGUCAGUUCUAUAAACAGUAUUGAUCAACUCGUGAAUAGGUUUAGUGAAGGUUGGCAAGGAAGAACAGUGACCUUGGACGACUCAUAGCGCAGAAAUAGACUUUUCACCCCUCCCCUUUCUACCAACCUACCGCCGGCGCGACGGCGACGCCGGCGCCGGUGCCGUCUGGGCUAGCCAUGCGUCGUAACUUCGAUAUCUACAGCAGUAGAUUUUUAAGUGCCAAAAACUGUGAUCAUGUACGCAAUGGCACAAUUAAAUUACUAAUGUUCUUUACAAUACGUUACAAAUAACAUACGUUUAACAUACAUUUCAAUAUUUAAACCUUUUACGUCAAAUAACCACACAAUUAAACAAAUAACCAUAUAAUCAAACCGUAAUUUAAGGAAAGAGAUGAUUUCAAAACGGUGUUAAGUUAUUAUCACAACAAAGUUGUAAUUUCAUUUUUGUCUUAAUAUACUUCCCAUAUUUAUGUACGGUACUAUUAUUAAUUAUUGUCUUCGUUACUAUUGUAAAACAACAAAGAUAGUUAGUUGUACUUGGUGCUUAGAAAAAAUAUGUUUACAUCAUUACACCUUUGUUUAUAAAUAUAUCAAACUUAGUUACCUGCUUC